AUGACGUUCGUUUCGGGAGGAGGAUCUCACCGUUUUCUUUGUCUCGCGGUGAAAGUGGAAGAUACCGGAAGAAGACCUUCUUCUUCUUCUUCUUCUCGUGGUCGCGACAAGAAAACAGCGGUAACAGUUGGGGAGAGAAAAGGCAAACGACGACCGCGGAGUAAAACGACUGCCUCGACGAACAAUAAUAGUAAUAAUUCGAACGGCAACAAAAACGCGUCAAAAGAUUUAGAACUGCCAGAGCUGUUAUUCGGCGCCGCGUCGACGUCGUUCGCGUUGACCGUGGAUGCAAUCACCUCUGGUCUCGAUUUCGUCCAAAAAGUCACCUCGACUGAGAAACCUUCGAGUAAAUAUCCGCCCGGGCCGGAUUUCGAUAGCGCUUUCGAGAUGGGACAAAAUCCGCUGAAGUUUAUAGAGAAAGUGAAGAGCAGGUACGGUCCCGUCGCUGGCUUGCGGUUGGCUGGGGAAAACGUGAUUUUAGUCUCCAAACCGAGCGUGGCGAAACAGGUUUUAAUCGACGACGAGGCGAGCUUUACGAAGAAAGGAACGGCGUUUUUCCCGUCCAGUCGAUUGGCCGGAGAUGGUUUGUUAGUGACGGAUGGGGACGUGUGGAGAUCGCAGAGGAGAUUAUCGAAUCCGGCGUUUCGAAAAGCCGCGGUGGAAACGUACGCGAAAGCGAUGAAUGAGUGCAUCGAGGAAACCAUUCGCACGCGAUGGCGAACAAACGGAGAGAGGGAUAUUUACGAGGAUUUUAACGAGGUGACGUUACAAGUAGUCUGCAGGACGUUAUUUGGAGAAGAUGCGGUUGGAACGAAAGGGAAGGAAAUUGUGGAUUCAAUUCGAGUCGCGUUCGAGUAUUUCGCAAAGAGAAGCAGCGGGAUUGAGAUGAUUUUACCGGAAUGGUUUCCUCUACCCUCGAAUAUCUCGUUCAACGACGCGGUGGAUCGGCUCGAUAACGCCGUCUACGCAAUCAUCGAUAAACGAUUAGCAGAGAUGGAGGAGCCGUGUUUCAUAGCUUGUGCGACGCAAGAGAUGGAUUUACUAGACCGAUUAUUAUCGGCGUCGUUGGACGAUUUAGUCGAAGACGAGGAAGAUCGAGUGUUGAAAGGAGCGAUGGCGAGCUCCUCUAACAACGACGACGAAGACGACGCCGUCACCAAUACUAACAGAAAGAAAAUGUCCAGGAAACAACUUCGCGACGAAGUGAUGACCUUAAUCGUUGCCGGUCAAGAAACCUCCGCGAUCGUGUUAUCGUGGGCGGUGGCGUUUGUCGCCAAAGACGAAAGUUUUGGCGAACGCAUCGCGAAAGAAGCGACGGAAGCGCGCAUUUUAGCCUCCAAAAGGUUGAAGAAAAUCCCCUUAGAAAAAGAACAAGAAGAAUGCACGAUCGCGGAAGAAGUCAUCGACGACGACGGUAACUGCAAAGAACCAGACUCGGAAACAAUUAUCGCGCAAACCGAGUUGACGUUUGAAUCCAUCAAAGACUUACCGUUCACCGAGGCGAUCAUUUUAGAAACCAUGCGUCUGAAACCGCCGGCGUACAUAGUCGGUCGCUCAAACUCCAUCUCGGACGUGCACUUGGACGAGAAUAACAAAUACGACAUCCCGCGAGGCUCUACAAUCCUCGUCAGUCCGUACCUCGCUCACCGCGACGGUCAAUACUGGAGUAAACCGAACGAGUUCGACCCGAACCGAUGGCUCGCCCUCGACCCGGAAACGAACCAACCGUACGCUCGAACCGCUUUACGAGGCAUGGGGUACAAAAACACCUACUUCCCGUUCGGCGCGGGCCCGCGCGCGUGCAUCGGCGCGCAAUUCGCCAUGUUAGAAGCGAUCAUUCUCCUCGCGUGUUCCUGCGAAAAGAGACGGUUUGAUUUACCCGAUGAUAUUGAUACGAACAACAACAACAACAACAACAACAACAACAACAACUCACCCGGUACGAAAGGCGGCGGGUUUCCUAAAGACGCCGCUGGAAUCACGUUGCGGCCGGAGAGUCCGGUGAGGAUGAAAGUUUCCGCCAUCCGGAGGAAAAAUCUUUAA